AUGGGUAAGCUGGGCUUCCUGGGACCUACUAUUCAGGGCUAUGGAUGCGCAGGUGUGAGCAGCGUGGCGUAUGGACUCAUUGCACGCGAGGUUGAACGGGUUGACUCUGGCUACCGCUCAACUUCUUCUGUUCAAUCCUCCCUUGUGAUGCACCCAAUCAACGAGUACGGAAGCGACGCACAGAAGGAAAAGUAUUUACCCCGACUUGCGAAGGGCGAACUUAUUGGAUGCUUUGGCCUCACAGAACCAAACCAUGGUUCAGAUCCUGCGGGCAUGGAGACCACUGCAGAUCAAGUAGACGGCGGCUUUGUUCUAAACGGCGCGAAGACUUGGAUCUCAAACGCCCCUGUCGCUGACGUCUUCGUUAUCUGGGCUCGCUGCAAGUGGGACGAUAAAGUGCGAGGUUUCCUCCUGGAGAAGGGUACGAAGGGCCUGACUGCACCUGCAAUCAAGCAUAAGCUCGCGUUGCGGUGCUCCCUUACGGGCUCAAUCUUCUUGGACAGUGUCGAGGUCGGACAUGACGCCCUCCUGCCCAAGGCGAAAGGUCUAGGCGCACCCUUCGGUUGUCUGAAUAACGCCAGGUACGGCAUCUCGUGGGGUGCCAUCGGUGCCCUAGAGGACUGUAUCAACCGAACACGUGCAUAUGCACUUGAACGCCACCAAUUCAACCGACCACUCGCGUCGUUCCAGUUGGUGCAGAAGAAACUCGUGGAUGCGCAGACCGAGGCUGUUUUAGGUCUGCAUGCGAGCUUGCAGGUCGGCCGUCUCAAGGAUGCUGGGAAGCUGGCCCCAGAGAUGAUUAGCGUCGUGAAGCGUAACAACUGUGGUAAAGCCCUUGAGCACGCACGCAAGGUGCUGGAUAUCCUGGGCGGGAACGCGUGCUCGGACGAGUACCAUGUAGGGCGUCAUGUUGCGAAUCUGCAAGUCGUCAAUACGUACGAAGGGACAUAUGAUAUACACACCCUCAUUCUGGGAAAAGCCAUGACAGGAAUCCAAGCAUUCGCAAAUUAG